UGCAGCCCUGGCAUUGUUGCUGCCAUUUCCUUGUCUACUGUGACUCGCGUGGACUUACUUCAAUAAAUAAUUUGUGUUCUAAUAUGUCAAAUUGGGCAACGAGUGUGAAAAAUAAUGGGAAAACUGUUUUGACGCCAGAAUUGCGCUAAAAGUGUAGGCGAAAGCUUCCUAAUCGAAAUGAAAUAAAGACUUUGUAAAAAAGAAAACCGCAAUAACCGUGUUUUAUUUUGUUUAUGUUUUCCGUUGACCUCCUAAGCUAAAGUGUUUUAAUCGUUUUUGCCAUCGUGUGCCGUUCCAGAUGGCCCAAGCAAGGACACUGCCAUCCCGAAGCCCGCGGAGCAUCCAAGGAAACCAGUAACUGAUAGCGUGCAGAAGUCCCCUAGAGAUGCUGACGCUAUCCCCUUGUUCGAUGGCAGCCGGGUCUUUGUGUCCAAGGUGGCUCUGGCCAAGGCGUAUAUCCCCAUGCCGAUGAUAUAUACGUGCCGUGUGAUGGAUCUGGUGAUUGGUAAAGACAAGCUGGUGCGCAUCGCCCAGCACGAGGAGACCACGGACAAGGACCUGAUCCAGGACAUCAUAACCCAUGUGUGUAAAGUGUUUGCCCUGCGCGGCAACCAGCUGACCCCGUCCGCAGUACAGGAGUUCAUUGACCACAAGCUGUCUACUCUUAAACUUAUGCCUAUAAAGGAGGGGAAAUAGUUUAAAUUGAUUGUUGCAUUCGUAAACCGAAAUAAAUGCCUGUACUAGAACUUCCCUUUAAACCUAUUGUGCACUAGUUAGUGGUCUCACCUGGAUCUCCCAAAAUAACCUCAACUAAUGUCUGUCAAAACACAUCUACCUCCCUUUCCAGGUGUCAUCCAGUCGCUGAAGGCGCUCUUCGAGGGCAAAACCACCGGUGCCAGUAUCCAGUACACCACGACGCAACGAGGCAGGGUGAUGCUGGUCUACGAGGGUUAUCGGUAUGUCGUGAAUCGUCAGAGCCUGAAGAACGUCUUCUGGCGGUGCUCACGCUACGUGAAACACAGCUGCCGGGCCACUUUGGUGACCUCCAAAGUGCAGGAGGUCACCCUGCGCAUCGCUGGCACUCCGCACACCCACGCUCCGGAGGUCAGCUCGAUGGAUCUCACGACUGACCUGCUGGACGAAUUUCCGGAGCUGCAGUAAGCUCCGGAGGACCAGCAGUUAAUAUAAUAUACUCAUCGAUUUCAGCUCUACCUUAACAUAAAUAAAUUAAAUUAAAUGUGCACAUAAUACGUAAUCAGUGUUCUCGUUCUGUACCUACUAUAUAGUUGUUAAGCAUUCUUAAAUCCCAACUAAUCUGUUAAUCUUUUCAUUUUGCAGUCAAGAUCAAAAUGGAGCCUUCGCCGACGCCUGGGCACUCAUCGGAUGCUGCUGUGGCCGCCCUUGCCGUCACCUACUUAAGCGACGAGGAAUCGUUCCGGAAACCCUUUACCCUGCCCAAGCUACUGGACGGUAAGUUCUACAAGAACAUCCAGCCGAACCAGAAGACGCCAGGUGCUAUCCAGGCCACCUGCACAACAUGCCACGGACUGAUCUCCGGCACCACCAAGUCCACGGGGAACUUUCUCAGCCAUAUCAAGAGGCGGCACAAGGAGCUGCUGCCCCUGUGUCAACUUUACUGCCAGGCCAAGGCCAACGGCACUGUGCCAGCGGUUAAAAGUUCACCACCCAACCCGAACCAUGUGCUCACCUCGGCGACUCCCACUCCUGCGAUGGAAAUGAUGACCCAAGUUGCGCAGAUGCCUCCGACCGCGGCGUACGCCACAGGGCCCACCCACCUCGGCAUGCCGGUGACGGUACCUGUGCCCGUCUCCAUGUCUUUGGCGAUGCCCAUCUCCCUGCCACACGUUCAAACACCGCAAAUGAUGGCGCUGAUGCAGCAGCACCAGGCGCACGGUGCCGUCUUCAUUAGCAAAGAUUACUAGCCCCGUCGGUUGUGGGCUCACCAAAAUCUGUGGUUUUUAUUAUCUGUUGAACUAAUGUCGAUGUAGAGUGUACCUAAGGUGAGCGAUUUUUAGCGGGCAGCGGAGUCUUUGCAGAAUUUUAAGGACAGGCAUAUAUCAUGUUUGUAUAAAUAACAUCACGGUGGAAUUGGAAGCUACUGCAAAGUACUUGAAAUAUUCCAAAGAUUGCAUGCUGCAAAUCGAGCCACCUAAACCUAAGCUAAGUGCAAAAUUGUAUAGGUCCUGAUUAGCUUAAGCAAUUUACAAACCGAAAUAAAGAUAAUGGAAACAUCU